AAAAAAUCAUCUUCCGUAAACACUUCAAAGAAGCGCUUAAGCGGUGGUAGCUGUGCUUGAGUUAAAUAAACAGCCUAUAAACGCGUCUCAGCGUUGGCCAUUAUAUUUUUAAUGUAUUUUAAACUGUUCUGUGUUGUUUCUGCGUUGAGCUUAUUCUCGAAAUGUCACUGUUUGGGUGAAAAGGAUGAGAUUCAGAAUCACUGUGAUCUUCUGAGGCAGUGGCUUGCGCCCUCAUCAGUGACAGUGGAGCUCAACAAAAAGGGUUUCCACAGGGAGGUGACAACUACAGUUGAGUUCAGAUCCAAAGAGCUCUGUGGUGUCAAAGUUUUGCUGAUUCAUAGAUGGCCCAGAGAUGUCUAUGUUGAUCCAUAUCAACUUGCAUCCCUUAGCGAUCAAAACAAGUGGAAGAUAUUACUAGAUUCACCCAUUGACCUUGAGGUUCCUGCUCACGAAGCUUCAGGAUUUGUCACCUAUGUGUAUCCUUUCUCCACUGGACCAACUUCCAAGUUAUUCAAAGUAACAAUUCCAAUACAUGGUCGCUACCACAAGCCCUCAUUUGAUGGAAAAAUGUUUAAAUCUGUUGACAUAGAAGCUCCAGAGCUGCUGCUGCGGACAGAAAAAUGUGCACAGCUUAGCAGCUUAGAGCCUCACACAGUUGUGGAUGCACCAUGCACUGCCAGCAAUUCAAGCACUUGUUCUUGGGUUAAAGUCAAGCCUCAGCAGGAUCUCAAUCCAGUGAGUUUCCAGCUCCCAGUGGGUGAUGGGUCUUUGGUGGCACACGUAUGCGGAGGGACUCUUCUUGUCACAAUGAUCUGCUGUGUGGCACUGUCCAAAUACAUGUGGAAACAUCAAAUAAUUUAAAGAGCAAAAAUUGUACUGGCAUUAUGUUGUUGUUGUUUUUUUUUAUCAAACUAACAAGGAAGAGGCACUUUCAGUGUUGUUAUCUUAUCUGCAGAAAUGUUGCAAGCAGAGAACAGGACUAAUUGAGAUGGGAAAGAAUACUGAGAUAUUGCUGAAACAACAGAUAAAUGCUGAAAGAUAUCAGAAUUUAUCUUUUUCCAUUCCAGCCAAUGUAACUAUGUUUAUUUUGGUGAAUCCCGCAACCUGUGCAAGCAUUUUUCCUGCUAUGACCUCAUUUUGGGAGGAUCAUGAUUCUUUAUCUGUUCAGUUUAGCGCACCUAAUUAAGGAACAUAAAAAUCUAUUAGUUUGUACUGUUUUGGGGUAUUUGGUAGUGAUUUUCAUUUAUUUUUGUCUAUAACAUGGGCUAUUAUAAUAACACGAUUAUAAAACUGGAGUCUACAGUAGUAUAAUCUGUAUUUUAACACUGAAUAAAAUGUAUACAGUUCAGACUGCUAUAAAUACAAUAUAACAACAAUGUUAAUAGUAUUCUUUUCUUGUGGCAGUUUAAAGAAUGCCAUGAUGAGGUAAAGGUCAUAUCCAUUUGAGACAGAGUACCGGGUGUCAUACUGUGCCAAUGUUUGGACGUUUGAUUUAUGAGUGACAAACUGUGCUGCCAUGCAUGCUGUCAGGACAAAACAAGUUUUUUAUUCUUCCAGCUUA